UUAUAAUUUUUUACAACUUAAAUGCUUAGUUUAAAAGUAAAAUAAUUUUUAAGAAAAAAAACCGACUUCAAUGAGGGAGACCGGGUGAAAGAAAGAUGAUUGUUGAUUUUGGCUUUCAUACAAUGAAAUUAAAAAGACAGCUAAGCCUAAUUAUGUAGAAAAGGAGAUUUGUCACUGCACCCACCUUGACACAUUUCAGAUGCCCUGGUUGACUGGUAAGAUACCCGCAAUUCUUUAUUUAAAAAUCGAUUGUAUUUAAAAUAAAUUACUUCACACCAUGCAUGAAAUGAAGCACCUGAUAAUUAUUAGGAAAACAUAGAUAGCAGUUAUUUUUAAACACAAGUUCUAUAUAGUAUAAUAAAUAGGAUAGAAAUAUAAAAAAAGUAGGUGAGUUGACCGUGACGUCAUUGUGUAAUGUUUCAUAUGAAUUUGUUCAUAUGCUUGAUUUGUUGACGAAAAUACUAAGGUCACUAUAUAAAUGCCUUUAACAUUUGAGGAGUUAUGAACAUAAGAUUCCUCAUGAACCCCAUCGUCAGAACUAGAACUUGACAAAAAUUUGUCUUGAAAAUCUAAUUUGCUUAACAAAUACAGCGAAGAGGACAAAUCGCCAAACGUGAACUAUGCGUCGUUGAAGAGUUCCAUUCUGAUCAUCAUCAGCAGUUCUAUUGCAUCAAAUGUCACAAACAAUACUCUAUGUAUGCCUUUUUGAGGAGUUUCCUGGAUUCCUCAUAGAUUCUACCAUCAGAUCUCAAGCUUGACAAAAUAUUGUCUUGAAAACCUAAUUUGCCUAACAAACAUAACGAAGAAGAGGAAUCGCCAAGCGGGAACUAUGUAUGCGUCGUUGGAGAGUUCCAUUCUGAUCAGCAUUAGCAGUUCCACCUAAUCAAAUGACACCUUUUAAAAUGUAAAUGCUUGAUUUGUUGAUGAAAAUACAAAACGUGCUAGUCAAUCAGUGCUAGCUGAAACAGUUCAGGUGUCGGACGUCAGACCGCACUGUGGGCUGAAAUUCGGCAUAGCAAGUAGCAACUGAAGUUGUUAUUUUUAUGUUUUUUUGAUUGAAAUAGGUUUUGUCUAGCAUUGUUAUGGUAACCUUUUAAUUUUAGAUGAUUUGGAAUGAAAAUUGUCGUGUUAAUGUACUGUAAUACUGGAUUAUUAUGCUAACUUAUGAAUUUCAAUCGAUUAGCCAUGAAAUUAGUAGCUUAAAAAAAUGUAUGGAGCAGGAACAAAAAAUCAAGAUAUCUCAAGAACCACAACAAGGUCCACAGAUGGUUAGCACUACGAAUAGCAAAUUAGUCGUUUUGGAAUACUACAUAUUAUUAUAAUACUUAUACAUAAAUGAAUCGGCUGUAAUUUUGUUCUCGCAGGUAUAGAAACAACUAAAUAUUACUUAACAUAACAAUGCUGGGCAAAACUUAUUUCAAUCUCUAAAUACACACUUUAUAUGUUUCUUUGCACAGAUUUACCUAAAUGACGAUUCUAAAUGAUAUCAUAGAUAUUAAUUCAAAGUCAAAGCUUUCUAUUAAAUCUUUGUCCGUUUUUCACAGCAACCACACCAAAAACAUGGCUCAAACACAGUACAGACUAGCGGACGUGCAAGCACGCAACGGCAAGCUUGGUGCACCUAUCUGGAUUGUGUACAAGGACUCCGUCUAUGACGUCACCAGCUAUGUUGACCAGCACCCUGGAGGCAACGACGCCAUCAUAGCAGAAGCGGGUACCGACGCCACGAGUGCUUUCCAAGAUGUCGGCCACUCAGACGACGCCACGACCAUUCUCGCUAAAUACAAGAUUGGGGAGAUCGUAGAGGAGGAGAAAAAAUACGACGCCAACGGCAAGAAAAAGAAAAAAGUUGUGGCAGCCAAAGACGAAGGCACCGGGAGGAGCUGUCUAAACACUGUCACCUGUGGUCUGCUGGGCUAAACAACAUUAUCUCAAACCUACACGUAUUUACACGUAUCAGGAAUGCGGUUACUUCAGACUGGCAAACCCACUGAUCUAAAAAUGUAGUAUGAGAGUGCAACCACUCAUUUUUGUUGCAUUAACCGGAGAACCCACCUACACGCUCGACUGGCCGGAAAAAAUCAUCCCACGUGAAACUGACUUCAGACUGGCAAACCCACUGAUCUAAAAAUGUAGUCAGAGAGUACAACCACUCUUUUUUUUUGCAUUAACCGGAGAACGUACCUACACGCUCAACUGGCCGGAAAAAAUUCAUCGUACGUGAAACUGUCAAACUGUUCAUACAAGCAAAUUGUAACGAAAUACGUAUACAAUGAUAGUUUAGACUGGUAGAAUAGAUAUAGGUAGGUACGUGAUAAUUUAUUUUUUGUCUUAUUAGCCUCAACUAAAAAAGCAUUUAAGUGUUCUGAAAAUUUAUUCUUAAGGGUUAUCUAUUCUAGCAAAUUUAAGAUUGUUAACCCUGCAGGCAGGGUCGCGUCUUCAAAAAUGUGAUUGAUCAAUUUUAUAAAUGUGUUUAGAUUACUGUAAUGUUAUUACUCAAUUUUUUAAUUGUACAGAUAGGUUUUAUAUUAGUAAUUCUAAGAUUUUAUAUACAUAUAAAUACCUUAACUAACA